AUGUUCGACAAAGUAGUCUUCAUUGCGCUGUUUGCGCUUACCAGAACCUCAUCGAAUCCACAAGAACUUAUGCGGCCUGAACAACGUACAAUUAUUGAACAUCUAUCCUGCUCCGCCUUACAAGGACUAGAAUCAAUUAAAUUGAGCAACCUUCACUUUAUGUCGAUAGAGAACCCUUGCAAAUUAAUCGCUCUAAAAGUCUCUUUGAACAACAACAAAUUUCCGAGUUCCCAACAAGCUUUCUAUAUAACUGCAACGGAUAUUGAUCUAACUAACAACGAGUUUGUCGGAACGGAACAAGAAUAUUAUAUAGUGGGCCGUAAAGUACAUCUAGAAAACAAUACAUACGCAGGCCAACUCCAAUUUCAUCAUACAAUAGGAUAUGAGAUUGACAUGUUAAGUAAUUUAUAUGAUGGUCAAGGCCAAAUCCAUCAGGUAGUCGGAAGUCAUGUAAAACGGGUUUCCAAUCAUUAUAAUGAAGUUCAAAAUAACUUACCCGCUGGAAACUGUGAAAGAUUUAUUCAAAGCGUGUAUUUUAAAUCGAUGGCUGGUAGUGACGUAACUUCGGAGGUCACUAAUGAAAUUACCCGUCAGUGCAGUUCUCUCAAAAAGUAA